AUGCAGGAGAAUUAAACAAUAAAUCUUCAUGGAUUGGAACUCUGAGUGCAAUUUGUAAUUGUAUUGCAGAGCGUGGUCUUGGUCAACCCUCAAAAUCAAUCUUGUUAUCUCCAAGAAUAUCCUGUGAUACAACCUGCACAAUGGAUAAAAUCCAUUUCUAUUUCUCUUCUAGCGGAAUUCGGACACAACUCUAAUGUGUUCUAAACAGAUUCUGCGUCAACAAAAAACAUUCGUCAGCUCCGUCAUUCAUUUGUUCCAUCAAACAAGAUGCCCUUGUCCGCAGGCUAUGGAAUAUGCACAUUCAUCUACAAGGUUAACCAUGGAUUAGUCUCUAAGAGCAGAAUUACAACCCUUGGCUUUCCCUUGACGACAAGCUUUCAUUCAUGCAAUGGAAUUUAGAGCUUCUUGUGUUCCAAUCAUGUCAGGAUUCAACUCAACCAUAUCCUUCACCAUUUGAAGUGAGAUUUAAACUAGAUUUUGCCUUCUCCAGAGGACAAUUCUGAAACCAGGGGUAGAUUCAUUCUUUGAAUUCAUUAGACACAGCUCAUCACUCAAUUAUUAUUGUUAAAGCAUGGAGCUUUCUUCAAAACUUACAAGAGAGAAUACCAGCUGCAGCUGAAACGGGAAGUUGGGUUCUAGAAGACUGGUGUUAAAAGGAGACAGGACAGGACUGAGGACUCUAAUGGUUUGUCUCGUGCCCCAAAAAUUAAACUGGACAGAUGUAUGGUUAAUACUGAGAAUUUAUAGUUCUCUUACGAGUUUACUUUUUUUGGGGAAAUUUGAAAAAUGUGAGUGAUGCAGAUACUGCCCCAAAAAUUGAAUAUGUAUCUGAUAUGUUGGCACCUGAAAUGAGAAACCAUGUGAUUGGCCAUAUUUUUGUUUUGGUGCAUGUGAAGGAUCAAGGAAAUACAAUAUACCAGAUGAAACAAGUGCUCAUUCUUCACUUGUCUCACCUGUCUGAGUUCUCCAAAUUACGGGAUGAGAAGGAUGGGGGAAGAAAAAGAAGAAUUACAACAUGUCAUGACUUCAGUCCUCAGCAGUUGGAUAUUACCCCAAGUUUCUACAGGAUUUAGGUUUAUUAAAUCAAAAACCUUUCACUUAACUGUGCUGAUGUUGAAAUUGUUGAACAAGGACCGAGUUAACGCAGCUAUUGAGGUUUUGAAGAGUAUUUCCUUGAAAGUGAUGGAUGCCUUGGAUAAUCGACCCAUCUUUGUAAGACUAAAGGGGCCGGAAUUAAUGAGAGGUUCUUCGGCCAAAGCUCGUGUACUCUACGCUCCAGUGGAAGAUGGUGAUGAUGGUCGACUUCUCUGUGCAUGUCAAGUCAUCAUUGAUGCAUUUAAUGAAGCUGGACUUGUGCUUGAGAAAGAUGCUACACAGAAGUUGAAGUUGCAUGCCACUGUGAUGAAUGCAAGGCAUCGGAAAAGCAAGAGUAGGACAAGAAAGCCUGAUUCGUUUGAUGCACGAGGCAUUUUCAAGCAAUAUGGAUCUGAGGAAUGGGGAGAGUAUAUUAUCCCCGAAGCUCAUCUUUCACAGAGAUUUGUAUUUGAUGAAAGUGGCUAUUAUCAUUGCUGUGCUUCAAUACCUUUUCCUGAAAACACGAAAGUAAACUGAUCCAUUUAAGUUGGAGAUUAACAACUUAGUUCCCUUUGAGUAGAAAACACAGGCCACUAGUAUUAUAUAAGAUCGUUCUCUUGUGAUGAACCCUACUAGCAUAUUUUCGGCUUUUGCUUCCAAAUUUCUAAUUUUUCCCUCUUUUUUAGGUUCCCCAAAUAAGAUUUGCUGCUAUAAGUUCUUAGAUACUGAUGAUCUUGAGUAUCUAUUAGAAAACUAAAUACUUGUAACAGUUGAAAAUUGCACGGAAUGGAUAGAUUUUAAACUUACAUGGUGAAAUCAAUUUCUUGCUUUGCAGAAAAUUGCUGCGUCUGGUUGUUGAAGUACUUUGUUGUUACAUUUGAUUGUGGACUUGAAAUUAAUGU